AUGAAUACCCGCACGAUCGUUGCUCCGUCUGGACGUCUGGACGACCCUCGACGUGUUUGUCUGGUACCACACCGGUCUGGCUCUGAGCUGGAGGUGUACGACUCGCUCGGUAUAGGCGGGCUUGCGGAGAUUAUAUCUGGCGGCGGGGCAGCUGACUCUGCGGGCGAUGUCGAUCCACCGACCCCAGUUGCGCCUGAGACGAAAUACGCGACCGGUUAG